AUGUGCAGAGUGCUAACCAUUCUGUUUCUGUUUUUAAUACCGGAGCCAACAUGUGGUUAUAAUGUGACAUUGUUAAAAUCUGUUUUAAGUGUCAUCUCUACUCGUGAGCAGUGGACCAAUACCCCAAUUUUUGUGGGACACCAUACGAAAAGACAAGAUCUCAAUGAUCUGAUUAUUUGGCUUCAUCAAACAAUGGUAGUAACUAGCCUAACGACGGACACGUUUCUGCCACCGGAAGCCCUUAAGCCGCUGGGUCAUAUUCGAUUGUCUAGAAACAAUGCCAUCGGUUUGUGUUUUUGUAAUGGAAGACAGGAUAUUGUGUGGUUUGCGAUGGAUAGAAGUCUUCAGACACUACGUCGCAUUCGAUUGAUCAUCAUGCUGCGCUCCCAAAGAAGUGCUUCCCACAAGGCUAUUCAGUCCAUAUUCAACACACUGUGGCAAUAUCAGUUCCUCAAGGUUCUGGUCCUGCACAAAGAUCAGAUGUACUCCUACUUUCCAUAUCCGAUACUUAGUUUUUACAAGGCUAACAUUUAUUCGAAUCCCCUUUUUCCACCUGCCACACGGAAUUUCCAGGGAUAUGUGGUGUCCACUCCGGCGGAGAAAGAUAUUCCCAGAGUGUUUCAUUUACACGAAACUAGAACGGAUCGCAGAGAGAUGCGGGGAGAGAGAGAGGCCUAUCGUGCGUUUGUGGAGUAUUUGCAUCAUCAUAACGCCUCGCUACGCCUCACAAACCGUGACGAGAACCUUGACUCCACGACUAGUGUGAACAUUAGCGCCAUUUUGCAGUUAAUGCUAGACGGACAACGUGAAAUCUCAUUGCACCCGUACGUAAGCACUCCACCAGGGACGGUGAAGAGUUACCCCUUGGCCAUAUACCAAAAUUGUUUGAUUGUGCCAGUGCGAAACGAGAUCCCCAGACAUAUGUACCUCCUGCGACCAUUCCAUUUGCACAGCUGGUAUAUUAUAAUGUUUGCAGUUUUGUACAUCAGCGGAAUCCUCUAUUGCGUGAGUCCAAAACUGUAUGGAAGUACAUGGCCUCAGCGCUUGGGCUUGAACUUUCUGGAUGCCGUAAGCAAGAUCCUUUACUUCAGCUCACCCACAAAAAAUAACACAACAUCUUGGCGAAGUUUCGUGGUUUUUGUACAACUGGCUGGCCUGGGAUUCAUUACCACAAGCUGGUACAACAUUGAGUUGGACAGCUUUUUUACAACACUGGUCGUUGGUGAGCAGGUGAGUAGCAUCGAUCAGCUCAUUCAGCAGCAGCAAAAAGUUCUGGUCAAGCAGUACGAAAUCAACACGUUACUGCGCCAUGUUGAGCCUCGUUUGGCGGACAAAGUGUCUUGGCUUCUGGUGGGCGUAAAUGCCAGUGAGCAGGUAACAGCCCUGCUAUGAUUUAAUCGCAGCUACGCGUACCCCUUCACCGAAGAGCGCUGGCAGUUCUUUGCCAUGCAACAGCAAUAUGCAUUUAAGCCGAUAUUUCGCUUUUCAUCCGCUUGCCUGGGAUCCCCACACAUUGGUUACCCCAUGCGCAUUGACAGCCAUUUUGAGCCGACCUUCAACCUGUUCAUAAUGAGGAUUCAGGAUGCCGGACUGCUUUCGCAUUGGCUGGUCUCCGAUUUUAACGAUGCCAUGCGAGCUGGAUGUGAUAUCACAUAUGGAUAUUAACCUAUCGAUGUGAACACUUUGCGACUGGGCUGGUGUGUUUUGGGAAUUGUCUGGCUACUGUCGACAUUGGUUUUCGCCUGCGAGCAGUGGCACCUGUACCCUUGGCGUCUGUUUGCUUAACUUAGUUUACGAAUAA